AUGCGAAGGGGGUCUAAUAAGUUUAAUCACUGCGACUUCAGCAUCCGCGUCUUCUUAUACGUGCUCGAGCCUCUUCUGAGCCGUGUCAACGCUAGGAUAACCUGGCUCGCGGUGGUAGCAAAACCGUAUUGGGUCAUCUUCUGGAAAGAUUAUCAACCGGAUCCACAAGUCCUCCGUCACAGCGUCUUCAACAUCGAAACUCGGUCCGGCGACGAGUACAUUGCAGACUUUACGAUUGAGCAGUUUGGCUACUCAAGCGAGUGUUGGCUGAUGCGCAAGAGUGAGUACGAGAAACAGUGUACUAUGGGUAUCAGAAUGCGGCAACCGAGAUCUGAAGAGGUCGACGAGGCGCGGCGAGGCGAGGUUAAGUUUUGGAUUAAGAAAGCACAGGCUAUAUGGAUGGUGGUUGGAGUUUUGGGUGAAAGACGUUUCUUUGUAUAUGUGGCAAAGACAACCGGCUUACCAACCGGUUCAAUGACGGAUAAUGAAGCGAUUCUACUUUCGAAGCACGAACAUCCAGUCUAG